AUGCUAUAGAAACUAUCAGCUUUACCCACUACACACGGAAACGAUACCAAAAACGAUGUGCUCCCUCGACAAGCGCGGCCGCGUCUUUGUCCUUACCCUCACCGGCGACGGCGAGCAUCGCCUCGGCCACGAUCUCAUCGCCGCCAUCCGAUCCACCCUCGCCCGGGUCCGCGUCGAGUCGGCCGCCAUCCGCGGUGCCGCCCUCGUCACCGCCGCCGAGGGCCGUUUCUUCUCCAACGGUUUCGACCUCGCCUGGGCCAACUCUGCCGGAUCCCCUUCCGCCGCCCGCGAGCGGCUCGGCUCCCUCGUUGCCCUCUUCAGACCGAUCGUGGCGGACAUGAUGUCCCUCCCGAUGCCGACGAUCGCCGCCGUGACCGGUCACGCCGCCGCCGCGGGGUUUAUGCUGGCGAUCUGCCAUGACUACGUCGCGAUGAGGGGCGAUCGUGGGUUUUUAUAUAUGAGCGAGCUCGACAUCGGCCUGCCGUUCCCCCCUUACUUCAUGGCGCUGAUGCGGGCCAAGAUCGGGGAUCCGAGGGCGCUGCGGGAUGUGGUGCUGCGGGCGGCGAAGAUUCCGGCGACGGAGGCGAAGGAGAAGGGACUCGUCGAUUGGGUGCACGGCAACGCCGCCGAGACGAUGGAGGCGGCGGUGAGGAUGGGGGAGGAGCUGGCGGCGAGGAAAUGGAACGGAAGUGUUUACGCGUCGAUCCGGAUGGGGACGUUCCAGAAGCUCUGUAGCGCGGUGGGGCUCACGGAGGAGGGCGACGAGGAAAAGAUGAAGAUCGUCGCCCCGAAGCUCUGAAAUCCUGCGACUCGGAUCGUAAAGAUGAUGGAUGCGGUCUUGUGUUUGGGGGAACCACUCGAUUGAGCGGGCAAAGUGAAAUAAAGACUGCGAACCUCUUUGAUUUUUGUUGGAUGGGAAAUGAUUGGGCAUGGAUAACGCCGAUAUCUCUAAACAAGUGACGCAAAACGUUAUUUACUGUUUUAUUAUCUUUAAUCUAUCUUUGUUUCUUAAUGUUAUUUCUAUGGUUAAAUAUCAGUUUGAUUCUGUCGAA